GUGGCCACGUGACGCGACGCCGCUAGCUUUAGCAGCUGUGCUAGCAGCGCCGUUAGCCCGUUAGCUCCUCGUACCGGCCUCUGUGAAGCUGGUCCGUCUCUGUCGAACCGGGACAGCGAGCACGCAGAACUGACACCCUCGCCAGGGGGACCAUAAAGGCUCCGAACAGGUUCUGGAUGAUGAGCUGCUCAGGGCACUGAAGUUCUUAGGUGUCUCGGAGCCAGCGGAGAACCACCACCAUGUCUGCCAAGUCGUCCCUGCUGAAAGUGAUCCUGCUGGGGGACGGCGGUGUGGGAAAGAGUUCGCUUAUGAACCGCUAUGUCACCAACAAGUUCGACAGCCACCUGUUCCACACCAUCGGCGUGGAGUUCCUCAACAAGGACCUGGAAGUGGACGGGCGCACGGUGACUCUGCAGAUUUGGGACACGGCGGGGCAGGAGCGGUUCCGGAGCCUGCGGACGCCGUUCUACCGCGGCUCCGACUGCUGCCUGCUCACGUUCAGCGUCGACGACGGCCAGAGCUUCCGUAACCUCACCAACUGGAAGAAGGAGUUCGUGUACUACGCUGACGUGAAGGACCCGGAGACCUUCCCGUUCGUGGUGCUGGGCAACAAAGUGGACGUGAACGAGCGGCAGGUUUCGCGGGACGAGGCGCAGCAGUGGUGCUGCGACAACGGCGACUACGCCUACUACGAGACCAGCGCUAAAGACGCCACCAACGUCAGCGUCGCCUUCGAGGAGGCCGUGCGGAGGGUGCUGGCGACCGAGGAGCGGGCCGAUCACCUCAUCCCCACGGACACGGUCAACCUGCACAGGAAACCGCGCAGUGGUGCCCCCUGCUGUUGACGGAAUUGAAUUGAAAUGAACCGGAAUGUUGACGGAAAAGAAAAAGAUAAAUAAAUAAGUAGCGCCCCCUGCUGUUGACGUAAAAGCAGCAUAACAAACUAAUCACAACGGCCGUUGAACAGGACGAGUCUGUCUUUGAGGCCUAUACGCUCUAGACAUGCACUUAACUCUUAAACACUGGGUUCGUACCACUGUAGACUUGUUUUUUCUUAUUUUGUCUCUCUCUUUUUUUAACGCCUGGCUGAAUUCGUGAAGCUUCAGGUCGUGGAAAACGGACAUUUUCUGCUGUGCGAACUUUGAUAUAUUAAGCACUAUCUUCCGAUAUUGAAACUGAGAGCGAUGCAAUAAAUUUAUUUUAUGAAAGUGUAGCUUCCUAUAACGAUGAUUAACUUAACGCAGUCUUGGAGAGAGUUGUUUCUAAUCUAUUAACAUUGUAGAAGCGUGUAGAGUGUGCCAAAUGUUCAGAUAUAUAAUGAUCUGUAUUACCACUGAUGAAUGGAAAUGUCUAUGAAAAGGUAGAGCACUUGAUUCUGAAUCAUAAUCAAAAGCACUAAAAUCUUAUUGAGUUACAUGAAAAUUAAAUUGAAGCAGAAUUAAUGGAUAUUGUUUAUCUUUGAUUUUUGUGUCUUCAGAGGCAUCAGUAGUAAAUUUAGUGUUUUAAUCUGAAAGGAAUGAACAUUAUUUAACAGUAAGCUGUGGAUGCUGCAUGGGGCUGAGAGGGGAGGAUUAAAGUAGAAAUAACAA